AUGUCAAACCAAACUUCCUUCUCGAAUAAUACUUUCAGUUCCAACAGUAGCUUGUCGAUGCCUCAAAUUUGUAUCAUAGAUGGUAACUCCGAUAUUUAUGGUCUCGGUAUUCGCAUCGGUUUCUACCUCCAAUGGUAUGCCUCAAUUCUUGCAUCUGCUCCCAGAGGUUAUUCAGGAAAAGUUGCUUCGGACGAAGUUCAAGGCCUCAUGUUUUCGAUUGUUCUCUUCACCGUUGCGACUUUCCUGGCUCUGAUCAUUCAAACCUCGACGUUACAACUGCCUGAAGUUUAUAUUAUUCUACUCUUAGUAGUAGGCUAUCAUUAUUACUUCAUACCUAAGAUGUUUAUGGCACUCCUCAGCUUUAUCAAACAGCUUCUCAGCAAAGGGGAAAAAGACGAGACAGGGCAAAAGAAGCACCGUGGAUGGGAAUUUAUUCUUCUAGCUGGUUUAUUCUUCUGUGCCAUUUCUUGUUUCCAACUAUGGUUCUGGGGUGGACACUUUCAGGAUCGCAACGGAAAGUCUAACACUUGUCCUAGUUUUGGAUUUGGGUUCAUAAAGAUUGAUCUUGAGAAUACCGCAUUUCGUGCUUUCAACAUUACAUAUUGGGUUUUGUUGUUGAUAUUGUCUUUUGGGUUUAUAAUGCAUGCUUGUGAUUUGUACAUCCAAAAGAGAAAAGCGCCAAAGAGUAAUUUCAGCUCGUCAUCUUCAAGCUUGAAAUCCGGUGCUAGCAGCACUAGAUCAUCGAAGGAGCCAAAUUCGAAAUUCGAUUCCAUACGGUUUGGAAUUCUUUUCAUUUUUAUGACGGUUAUGGUUAUUGCUAUUGAAAAAAGCAUAAUGUGGAAUCAAAUUACCGGAGUGACGACAUUAGCUGGGGCCGGACAGUUGAUACCUUUUCUCAUUGGACUGGGAUCGUUAUUUAGGGUUUGUUAUGUUGGAGUGAAAGGUGAUGACCGUCGAGAGGAGUCAUGA